AUGGUACUCAUUAAAUGGUGUCUGCUGCUGGAGGGAAUUGCGCUUUGGCCGGUAAAUGCGCAUCUUGUUAUGACUUCGCCGGAGCCCUACAGCAUUGACACUCUCAAUAAUUCGCCACUUGCUGCAGACGGCAGUGAUUUCCCCUGCAAGUUACGCGAUAACGCUUUUCGAGUCCCUUCCGAAGAAGCCGUUUAUCGCGCCGGCGAUAAUCAUACAAUGACAUUCCAAGGCAGUGCGACCCACGGUGGCGGAUCCUGCCAGGUGAGUCUGACCAGUGACCGUGAACCGACCAAAAAUUCGGAAUGGAUGGUCAUACAGUCUUAUGAAGGAGGCUGCCCUGCAGAUGUAGCAGGCACCCUGGCCGGUGGUCCCGCUUCCGAUAACUCUCUCCAACUCCUCUUCACGAUUCCCGAAAACAUUGGCCCCGGAAAAUACACUUUGGCCUGGACUUGGUUUAAUCGUAUUGGCAAUCGCGAAAUGUAUAUGAACUGUGCUCCCAUUACGGUGACUAGCGACUCGUCGGUCCAAUCCUUCAGAGAUGCAGAGAAUUAUUCGAAUAUUUUCCCACCCAUGUUCAUCGCCAACAUCAAUGGUUGCAAAACCAGAGAGGGGGUGGACGUUCGCUUUCCUCAGCCCGGAAGUUUUGUUGAAACUAAGGGACAAUUAAAGGAUCUUAUGGGGAAGAAUGAUCCUGCAUGCACAGGAAUACCAACAUUUGGUAGUUUUGGGGUCACAAAGACGACCGUUCCUCUCGCCACGAGCGAUGCUCUCGAAAAGAAUCCCUCAGCUCCCACAUCAUCAGCUUUCACCACCGCUCGAACUUCUUGGUGUUGUUGCCAUACCCUCUGA